AUGGCGAUUACUGGAGACAAUACAAGCCAUCCGACCAGACAACACAAACCGUCCACCCAACACCCAACCAGACAACACAAACCGUCCACCCAACCAGACAACACAAGCCGUUCAUCCGACCAGACAAUACUGUCCACCCAACACCCAACCAGACAAUACAAACCGUCCACCCAACCAGACAACACAAACCGUCCACCCAACCAGACAACACAAACCGUCCACCCAACCAGACAACACAAACCGUCCACCCAACCAGACAACACAAACCGUCCACCCAACCAGACAACUCAAACCGUCCACCCAACCAGACAACACAAACCGUCCACCCAACCAGACAACACAAACCGUCCACCCAACCAGACAACACAAACCGUCCACCCAACCAGACAACACAAACCAUCCACCCAACCAGACAACACAAACCGUCCACCCAACCAGACAACACAAACCAACCAGACAACACAAACCGUCCACCCAACCAGACAAUACAAACCGUCCACCCAACCAGACAACACAAACCGUCCACCCAACCAGACAACACAAACCGUCCACCCAACCAGACGACACAAACCGUCCCCCCAACCAGACAAUACAAACCGUCCACCCAACCAGACAACACAAACCGUCCACCCAACCAGACAACACAAACCGUCCACCCAACCAGACAACACAAACCGUCCACCCAACCAGACAACACAAACCAUCCACCCAACCAGACAACACAAGCCGUCCACCCAACCAGACAACACAAACCGUCUAUUCAACCAGACAACACAAACCGUCCACCCAACCAGACAACACAAACCGUCCACCCAACCAGACGACACAAACCGUCCACCCAACCAGACGACACAAACCGUCCACCCAACCAGACGACACAAACCGUCCACCCAACCAGACGACACAAACCGUCCACCCAACCAGACGACACAAACCGUCCACCCAACCAGACGACACAAACCGUCCACCCAACCAGACAACACAAACCGUCCACCCAACCAGACAACACAAACCGUCCACCCAACCAGACGACACAAACCGUCCCCCCAACCAGACAACACAAACCGUCCACCCAACCAGACAACACAAACCGUCCACCCAACCAGACAACACAAACCGUCCACCCAACCAGACGACACAAACCGUCCACCCAACCAGACGACACAAACCGUCCCCCCAACCAGACAAUACAAACCGUCCACCCAACCAGACAACACAAACCGUCCACCCAACCAGACAACACAAACCAUCCACCCAACCAGACAACACAAGCCGUCCACCCAACCAGACAACACAAACCGUCUAUUCAACCAGACAACACAAACCGUCCACCCAACCAGACGACACAAACCGUCCACCCAAUCAGACGACACAAACCGUCCACCCAAUCAGACAACACAAACCGUCCACCCAACCAGACGACACAAACCGUCCACCCAACCAGACAACACAAACCGUCCACCCAACCAGACGACACAAACCGUCCACCCAACCAGACGACACAAACCGUCCCCCCAACCAGACAACACAAACCGUCCACCCAACCAGACAACACAAACCGUCCACCCAACCAGACAACACAAACCGUCCACCCAACCAGACGACACAAACCGUCCACCCAACCAGACGACACAAACCGUCCACCCAACCAGACGACACAAACCGUCCACCCAACCAGACAACACAAACUGUCCACCCGACCAGACAACACAAACCGUCCACCCAACCAGACAACACAAACCGUCCACCCAACCAGACAACACAAACCGUCCACCCAACCAGACAAUACAUACUGUCCACCCAACCAGACAAUACAAACUGUCCACCCAACCAGACAACACAAACUGUCCACCCAACCAGACAACACAAACUGUCCACCCAACCAGACAACACAAACCGUCCACCCAACCAGACGACACAAAUCGUCCACCCAACCAGACGACACAAACCGUCCACCCAACUAGACGACACAAACCGUCCACCCAACCAGACGACACAAACCGUCCAUCCAACGAAACGACACAAACCGUUCACCCAACCGGACAACACAAACAGUCCACCCAACCGGACAACACAAACAGUCCACCCAACCAGACAACACAAACCGUCCACCCAACCAGACAACACAAACCGUCCACCCAACCAGACAACACAAACCGUCCACCCAACCAGACAACACAAACCUUCCACCCAACCAGACAACACAAACCGUCCACCCAACCAGACAACACAAGCCGUCCACCCAACCAGACAACACAAGCCGUCCACCCAACCAGACAACACAAACCGUCCACCCAACCAGACAACACAAGCCGUCCACCCAACCAGACAACACAAGCCGUCCACCCAACCAGACAACACAAACCGUCCACCCAACCAGACAACACAAGCCGUCCACCCAACCAGACAACACAAGCCGUCCACCCAAUCAGACAACACAAACUGUCCACCCCACCAAACUAG